AUGGAGCCCCGCGCCGCCGCGCCUGGCGAGCCCGAGUCGGCCUCGUCCCCCUCCUUCCAGGCCCGGCUCUGGAGAAACCUGCAGCUGGGGGUGGGCAAGGGCAGAGGUGGCGGGGCCGGGCGCCCCGGGGCCCCGGAGCGCCGCACUGCGGCCACCCCGACCCCGUCCCCACCGCCCCCGAGGGCCACGCAGGACGCGCUGGCUGCCGCGGCGAAUACCGGCAGCAGGUGGAGCGGCUUCAAAAAGCGGAAGCAGGUGCUAGACCGAGUGUUCUCCUCCUCGCAGCCCAACCUGUGCUGCUCCUCCCCGGAGCCCCUGGACUCGGGCGCAACGGGCAGAGCCGAGCAGGGGUCCACGCUGCGCCGCCGCCUCCGAGAACAUCUGCUGCCCGUGGCUAAGGGGUCCGCGACAGCCGCAGGGACAGCCGGAGUGACGCCUCCUGGCGGGCGCUCCCCGGACUCGGCCCCUUCUUCUUCCGCCUCAUCCUCCCUGUCCUCUUCUCCCCAACCGCCCCCGCGGGGGGACCGCGUCCGAGAUGAGGGUGCACGGCGUGGAGGCCCUGGGGCACACCUGUGCCACCAGAAGAGCUCGUCUCUGCCGGGGACCGCGUGCCUGGAGCAGUUGCUAGAACCCUCGCCACCUCCCGCAGAAUCCGUUCGGGGUCCCGCCGAGCCCCAGGCUCUGCAGAAGGGCGAAGAGCGCGGCAGCAGCCAGAAAAUAAAUACAGGUGGAACCAGUAAUGCAGAUAUCCCUUUGGCUGAUCCCGGAAUGUACCAGUUGGACAUCACACUAAGAAAGGGUCAAAGUUUAGCUGCCCGUGAUCGAGGAGGGACAAGCGAUCCAUAUGUGAAGUUUAAGAUUGGAAGAAAAGAAGUUUUUAGAAGUAAAAUUAUACACAAGAACCUUAAUCCUGUGUGGGAAGAAAAGGCUUGCAUUCUUGUUGAGCAUCUUAGAGAGCCACUGUAUGUCAAGGUAUUUGACUAUGAUUUCGGACUGCAAGAUGACUUUAUGGGCUCAGCUUUUCUCGAUCUCACACAACUGGAGUUAAACAGGUCCACAGAUGUCACCUUAUCUCUGAAAGAUUCCCAUUAUCCCGAUCAUGACCUUGGAACCAUUUUGCUGUCAGUCAUCCUUACCCCUAAGGAAGGCGAGCCCAGGGACAUGACAAUGCUAAUGAGGAAGAGUUGGAAAAGAUCCAGUAAGGAACUCUCAGAAAAUGAAGUGUUUGGAUCUUACUUCUCUGUGCAGUCUUUCUUUUGGAGGUUUCAGACCCAAAGUUUACGUCUAUCAGACCAGCACAGGAAAUCACAUCUGUGGAGAGGAAUCGUCAGCAUCACCUUGAUUGAGGGCCGAGACCUCAAAGCAAUGGAUUCCAAUGGGUUGAGUGAUCCCUAUGUGAAGUUCCGGCUCGGCCAUCAAAAGUACAAGAGCAAGAUUAUGCCGAAAACUUUGAAUCCUCAGUGGAGGGAGCAAUUUGAUUUCCAUCUCUAUGAAGAAAGAGGAGGGAUCAUAGACAUCACUGCCUGGGACAAAGAUGCUGGGAAAAGGGAUGAUUUUAUUGGAAGGUGCCAGGUUGACCUGUCCUGCCUCAGUAGGGAGCAGACGCACAAGCUGGAGCUGCAGCUGGAAGAGGGUGAGGGCCACCUGGUUCUGCUUGUCACUCUGACAGCCUCGGCCACAGUCAGUAUCUCUGACCUCUCUGUCAACUCCCUGGAGGACCAGAAGGAGCGGGAAGAGAUAUUAAAGAGAUACAGCCCACUAAGGAUAUUUAACAACCUAAAAGACGUGGGAUUUCUCCAGGUGAAGGUCAUCAGAGCAGAAGGUUUGAUGGCUGCUGACGUCACGGGUAAAAGCGACCCGUUCUGUGUGGUGGAACUGAACAACGACAGGCUCCUCACACACACUGUGUACAAAAACCUCAGCCCCGACUGGAACAAAGUCUUCACAUUCAACAUUAAAGAUAUCCAUUCCGUUCUUGAAGUGACAGUUUAUGAUGAAGAUCGUGACCGGAGCGCCGACUUUCUGGGCAGGGUCGCUAUACCAUUGCUGUCUAUUCAAAAUGGUGAACAGAAAGCCUACGUCUUGAAAAACAAGCAGCUGACAGGGCCAACAAAGGGGGUCAUCUAUCUUGAAAUAGAUGUGAUUUUUAAUGCUGUGAAAGCCAGCUUACGAACAUUAGUACCCAAAGAGCAGAAGUACAUUGAAGAGGAGAACAGACUCUCUAAACAGCUGCUUCUACGAAACUUUAUCAGAACGAAGCGUUGUGUCAUGGUGCUUGUAAAUGCGGCGUACUACGUCAAUAGUUGCUUUGACUGGGACUCGCCCCCACGGAGUCUUGCUGCUUUUGUGCUCUUUCUCUUCGCCGUGUGGAACUUUGAGCUCUACAUGACGCCACUGUUGUUGUUGUCACUAUUGACGUGGAACUACUUCCUCAUAAUAUCAGGGAAAGAUAACAGGCAACAUGACACGGUAGUGGAGGACAUGCUAGAGGACGAGGAGGAAGAAGAUGACAAAGAUGACAAGGAUGGUGAAAAAAAAGGAUUUAUGAAUAAAAUCUAUGCUAUCCAGGAAGUCUGUAUCAGUGUCCAGAAUAUCCUAGAUGAAGUGGCUUCCUUUGGCGAAAGGAUAAAGAAUACUUUCAACUGGACUGUCCCAUUCUUAAGCUGGUUGGCCAUUGUAGCCCUCUGUGUGUUCACAGUUAUUCUGUACUUCAUUCCACUGAGAUACAUUGUUCUUGUCUGGGGAAUUAAUAAAUUUACAAAAAAGCUUCGGAGUCCAUAUGCAAUUGAUAACAAUGAACUACUUGACUUCCUCUCUAGAGUUCCCUCAGAUGUGCAAGUGGUGCAAUACCAAGAACUGAAAACAGAUCAUUCUCAUAGUCCAUAUAAAAGGAAGAAAAACAACCUUGGCUAGCCAGCCCCCGGCAUUGAGGAGACAAGCAUGUUUGGGAAGAUAAAAAAAUCCUCAGCCUCCGCAGCACUUCCUUUCUUUGGCUUUUUAUUUAUUUUCCAUUUUUAAAAUAAUGAUCAAGAACACUUGUAAAUAGUGCACAAAAGGUGUAUGUCUUUGAAAAUAUACUUUCACUGUAUAGACUCAACUUGAUAAAAGCUUUUAGCUUGUGGAGUGUGGAAGCUUUGUUAGCUACAGAUAAUAUAAUAAUAAAACUGGAAGAUACAGUUCUAGAAUUACAAGUGAAAGAACCAGAGUAUCAGAUUAAAUGCUCAAUUGUGCUUAACCCUACAUAAAAUGAAAAUGCCAAUUUGAUCUUUAAGUUUUUUUGUAAUGCAACUAUUUCUUAUCUGAAACGUAAUUCAUUAAAUUUUGUUUUGUUUAUACAUUUCAAAAGGGAGAAACCCCAAAGCCUGAAUAAUGGAAAUGUUGCACUUCAAUUUAACAUACAUCCCGACUUUCACUCCUGUGUAAAUAAAUGUAUGGCUAUGGAUGAUUUUAUGCUACAGGUAUUCAUCUUUUCCUGACUUCACACACACAAUCCCUUAAGAGAAUAUGAGAGUCUAUGAAUAAGACUUUUAAACCUUCUAUCAUUCCAUCUAAAACCUUAAAAUCUCUCCAGAACUAUAUUAUAUAAAUACUGCCAGGUUUAUAAAUGAUUAUCAGGAUUUUUAUAUAUACCACUAAUUUAAUUUAUACUGAGUAAGCAAAUUAGCAAGCUAAUUGUCAAAAAUAAUAGCAAACUAAAUCUAUAUUGCACAUGGUGUCCAAUUAUGCCCUUGUGCAUAAAAUAAUAUUCAAGUGUCCUCUACUGACAUACUUUAAUGUAUAAUAUGAAUUUUGUCAUUAGUGAGUUUUAAUGGAGAGAAUGCUGUGGACUAAAUUAAAGUCCAGUGUUUCAUUACAUCAUUUAUGAAGAUCAUUGAUAAUGCAUGAAAACCUGUUUUGUAAAAUAAACUGCUUGUAAGGCAUUAAAAAUAUUUCACUAACCACACCCGAUACUUCAGCAUCGCAUUCCUAAAAGUAAUUCCAGGGUCUGUCAAGGGAAUCUAACAGGUUAUCUGCUGAGAUAACUUGGCCAGUAAGAAUGUCUUCACUGGCUUGUUAGAAGAGUCAGACUCAACGGAAAGUGCUACAGAAGAUGUUUUGCGCUACUUACUAAUUGCUAUUAAUAGCUGGGAUGGGUUGCAGGUGGGGGUUGUGCUGGAAAAUGCAUAAAGGCAUAAGUAUAUAUUGCACUUUAAAGAUUCUUUAAAUCUCAUCAAAGCUGAUUUUUAAAGUAUUUUUAUUUCAGAAAUAUGUUGUUAAAUACUAUUUCUUACAAUAGAACUAUUUUGAUGUUUAUACACUAUGCUUGGAAGAACGUCAACUAAAUUCUCUUUCUACAGAAAGGCUUUGACCUCAAUAUGCUCUAUUUAGUGUAUCAUGUUUAAAAUAACAUAUUUACAUCUGCAUUCCAUCACUGUUUGUUGCAAAACCAUACUACUUUAUGAAGCUAACCUAAUACAUAAAGUUUAUUAAUGAGAUCAUUUGUUUGGUAUAAAUUCUGAUUAUACCUGUGUGAGAUUUAUGUUCCGUGCUGACAGUGUCUACUCAAAAGUCUAUAAGCCUGACAUUCUGUAACCUCAGAUGGACCUAGUGGAUGUAACCAUUAACAGAUGACUAAUUUUUGUUCAUUUCAUUGUGUAAGAUUUCAGAUGUUUAGUUCAGUAGUAAUGUUAACUACAUAUUCACUGCAUUAAAUACGAAAGAAAAUAA